AAUCUGUUGAUUUCUUUUGAUUGGUUUCCGCAAAUAUUGUCACUGUCAGUGCCGAACCAAUACCGUAGAGUCGCAAACCAGCUGUGCUACUCACAUUUCCUCAGUCAGCGCUCAGUGCUCCAAAAGCAUAUAUAUGCCUUCGCGCUUCUCCCCUCUCCUCCGCAACCUCCACUCGCCAUUCGCUUCCUCGGUUCGAAUGGCGCGUGCUGCUCAACGCGCCGCCGUUGUUCCUCUUAACCUCACCUCAACCAUCACUUCCUCGUCUCGCACUGCCUCGUAUUUAGGCGUUGUUUCCCAUGCCAAUGGACUCGAUGCUUCUUCGGCCUCGAAAUUUUCGCUAUUCGGUCGGAGAUUUCACGCUCUGUGCGGAGGUGAGCGGGAGGUUCUAAAACCCUUGCGGAAGAUUUGCGCUUCGCAGAGGGACUAUCGGAAGGUGAGGAGGCGAGCGGCGAAGAGCAAGGAGAAGGAAUUGGAGCUCAAUGUCAGCAUUUGCAUCGAAGAAGAUUUGCCUGAUGAUCCUGAAAUUUUGAGUAUCGCAGAAAUACUUCGUUUAAAUGUUCCGAUGGCCAUGAAGUUAGCAUUUGAAGGUUUGAAAGAUUCAAAGUACAAAACCAGGGAUACUGCUAUUAAGGAUGUUGGUGGAUUUGAAAGUGUUGAGAUCUCCUUGCUUCUUUGCAAUGAUGAAUUUAUCCGCAAACUUAACAAAGAAUGGAGGGACGAGGAUCAUGCUACCGAUGUUCUCUCGAUGUCACAACAUAUCCCUGAUCUUAAGCUUCCAAUUCUUAUGUUGGGUGACAUUGUUAUUUCUGUUGAGACAGCGGCAAGACAAGCGGAGGAAAGAGGACACACUCUCAUUGAUGAGAUACGCAUUCUCAUGGUCCAUGGGCUCUUACAUCUUUUGGGAUUUGAUCAUGAGAUUAGUGAAGAGGCAGAAGUGGAAAUGGAGAAGGAGGAGGAACAUCUCUUAAAAAGUCUUGGGUGGAAGGGGAAAGGAUUAAUUCAAAGUGCAUAUGAUGCUGAAACAAAUGGCAAUUCAUAUGAGGAAAAAGCUUCAGAUGGUGAAUUGUCAAAAGACAGGAAGAAAGAAGGCAGCCUUCGAUUUUAUAAGCCAAAGUUCCGUUAUAUCUUCUGUGACAUGGAUGGUACACUGCUAAACAGCAAAAGUCAAAUUAGUUCAACAACUGCCAAGGCUUUGAAAGAGGCCUCAUCAAGGGGUGUGAAAGUGGUGAUAGCUACAGGAAAAACUCGUCCAGCUGUUAUAAGUGCUUUCAAGAUGGUAGAUUUAACUGGAAAUGGUGGCAUUGUUUCUGAAGUUUCUCCUGGGGUUUUCCUACAGGGGUUGCUUGUUUAUGGUAGACAAGGUCAGGAAAUUAACAGAACGAAUUUGGAUCUGAAUGUCUGCAGAGAGGCAUGCAUUUACUCUUGGGAGAAUAAAGUUCCACUUAUUGCAUUCAGCAAGGAUCGUUGCUUAACUCUAUUUGAUCACCCAGUGGUUGACUCAUUGCAUACUAUAUAUCAUGAGCCAAAGGCAGAGAUAAUUCCUUCAGUUGAUCAACUCUUGGCUACUGCUGAUGUUCAGAAAUUGAUCUUUGUGGACACUGCUGAGGGAGUCGCUACUUCUCUUAGGCCAUACUGGUCAGAAGCAACCAAGGGUCGUGCUAAUUGUGUUCAAGCUGUGCCAGACAUGCUUGAAAUUGUCCCCCCUGGAACUUCAAAAGGCAGUGGAGUGAAAUUGCUGCUUGAUCAUCUACAAAUCUCUCCAAAGGAGAUAAUGGCUAUUGGGGAUGGGGAAAAUGAUGUUGAGAUGCUUGAGCUGGCCUCUCUAGGCAUUGCUCUCAGUAAUGGAUCAGAGAAGACAAAAGGGGUCGCUGAUGUAAUUGGUGCCAGCAAUGACGAAGAUGGUGUAGCUGAUGCUAUUUACCGGUAUGCAUUCUGAGCUUCAAAUAAAAAACAGUGGAUAUUAAGUUGGUUGAGGCAUACAGGAAUUUAUCAAAGUAACUUUUUUGUUUUUCUUUCAAUAGAAUUUAUAAGGUGAACCUAGCUAAAAGAUUGACGAAUUUGACAAAUUUUGGCAUGAUAUUUGUAAAUGACUUCACUCUAUUCAUAAGCGGGUGAUAUUACUUGAGAAAAUCUAGCAAAUAAAAUAUACCUAUUUUUUAAUAUUAGAAAAUGGACAACCAAUGAUUAUUUGUUUU